GGAAGUUUAGUUUCUUUGGCUAUGGAGCGGACAAACUCUAAAUCAACUAAAAAGAUCGUCACAGAUUAUCAAAAGGCACAUAAACGCGCUGAACUUGAACGUUUACGUAUAGCCAGAGAGCAUCAAAGGGAACUAGAAAGAAAACAAAAAAUAUUGGAGAAGGAAAGGCAACAACGAGAGAGACAAGAAAAGAGAGAUGCUGAAGAACGUAAGAAAGAAGAGAAGCGUUUGAAACGUAAGGAAGAGCAGCGCAAAAAAGAAGAGGAAAGGGAAAAUGAACGUAAAAAGAAGGAGGAAGAAAAACGCAAGAAAGAGGAAGAAAAACUGCAAAAAGAACAAGAAAGGAAAAGGGAAGAAGAGUUAAAAACCCAGAGAGAAGAAAAACAACGGGCAGUUUUGUUAGGAUUUCUUGUGAAAUCAGAAAGCAAAAAGGAAACCAAUACCAUCUCUUGUACAGACUGUGGACCAUUUAUACAAUUUGAAGUCAGAAAAGAUAUGAGAAUGGCUCCUUUGCAUAGAAUGUCACAGGCUUUACUUUCCUCAAAACGAAGCAACAUGGAAAACUUACGACACGCAUGGGUAAACGGAAACGACAAGGAUGCAGCAUCAUCACUUGGGUUACUUAAAUUCGGACGUGCUAACUAUCUUCAUGAACUACGAACAGGACAAAUAUUACCAUUAUCCUAUCCAAGUACCUGGCCAAUUGAACCUCCCGAAGUUCAAUAUCUUGGAGAUAAUAUCUACCCUGUUAUAAACUCGAUCGCUUUAAAACAACACGGUAAUCGUGGUAGUGGUGGAACAGUAUGGCUACGUGCAAAGUUAUUCCAAUUCGUUGAAAAUUAUCGACCUGCAUAUUAUGGUACAUGGCGACGUCGUAGUUGUAUUGUUACUGGGCGUAGACCAUUUGCUCGUGAUGAUUAUCAACUUGAUUAUUCCAUCGAUUCAGAUGAUGAAUGGGAAGAAGAAGAACCUGGUGAAAGUAUCACGCAGUCUGAUAAUGAAGAUGAAGAAGAAGACGAGGAUGAGGAAAAAGGUGAUGAAGAUGACGAUGAUCAGUUCUUUGUUCCACACGGCUAUUUAUCUGAUGAUGAAGGUGUUGCUGUAGAAGAAGCUGAUGGUCCGAUCCCUGAUGAAAUGAAGCAAUUGCGUCAACAAUUAUCUGUUGCGGAGUAUGAAGCAGCUCAUCGUCGUGGACUUCAACGUUUAAAACCAUUAUUACUAGGACCUUUAUGGUUGCCUGAACCAGUUGAAUGUUGUUUACCAAGUAGUAAUGCAAGUAACAAUAAUACUAUUAGUGCUACCACUAAUAAUAAUCAUCAUUUUGAAGAGAAUAAAGAAAACAUCGAAUUUCCUGAAAGAUUUAUUCUCAGUAAGCAAACCAAUGAGAAAACUGAAUUCCAAUUAAUGAAAUCUGUUUUAAGCGUCUAUCGUGUGCAUUUAUGGACAACAAAUUUUCCGAUUUCUGUUGAACCAGAUAUUGUUGCCACUACUACGCCUUCAAGAAGACCGAAAAAAUCUAUCCCAGAAGAAGCGAUGGCGUAUUUUAUUCACCUUGUUCAUCGGAGUCCUUUGGGGAAGCAUAAAUUAGCUUUUGAAUUUCGUGUAUUUUGGUAUCGUCAUACUACUGGCAUUCUACCAGAAUGCUUACAAUAUAUGGAAUAUAAAAAAUAUAAUGCUUCUACAUUGGGUUCAUCAAUCUCACGCGGUGGUGGUCUUCCUGUUUUAUCUGGUCCAGGUUGGGAUAGUUUACCAUUAAGUCAAUCACUUGUGUUAUCCAAAUUAUCUGAGAUCGCGGUUUUCACAGAAGGAAGGUGGAUGGUUAACACAGAAAUACUUCAGAAAUAUGCUUUACGUCUUUGUAAUCUGUGCAAUAUUCAAGAAUUAAGUGGUGGUAUUGCUGGUAGUUUGGACAAAGUUGAUAAAGAUUAUUUUAAUAAUCUUAUAUUUCCUUCAUGGGAAUAUUUAACAGAUGUAGCGGUGACUAGUAGCAGAGUAAAUCGUGGUACAUCAACAACUAGUCGUCGAUCUCUAGAAGCACCACAAUUACAAGCAACUGUAGAUCGUUUACAUGAACCACACAAAAAUGUAAUGACUAUCAAUAAUUAUCCAGUUGUUUUAUUGCAGCCUCUACAAUCUUCAGAUGUAGUAUCAAGUAAGCAAACUGAUAAGGAAUUAUCAAUUCAUAAAAAUGAACAAUUGUUUCAAUCUAAAAAAAUUCAUUCAUCCGAAAAAGACAUUAAUUUAUCGGUUAGCAUAAGUCAGGAGAACUGUUCCUCUUCAAAAGUGACUACUACUAUUGCUUCUACUGGUUCGUCCCAUACUCCAAGCCGAAGAAAAGGAGUUACUAACAAAAUUCUCACAAAUGAAAAAGACACUCCUUCAUCUGUCAAUAACAGUAAAGAAAACUGUUCUCCGAAAGUGUCUUCUACCACUGGUUCAUUACAAACUCCAGGUCGAAAAAGAGUAACUUUGGAUUCAUUUCUCAUACCACCUGCAAAACGAUCAAACGUUAAUUUAUGUUCUGAAAUUCAGUCAGAUGAAGAUUGUGUUAUUGUAGACUCAAAAUGACAAUUAUUUCACUCUCACAAUAUAUAUGUAUAUUGUUUGAGAAUAUUUGUGAAUAGUCUAGGAGAUAUAUAGUUUAUGUGUGCAUACCUCAGUAUUUACGUUUUUCAAAACCGUGUUUUGUUUAGGGUGAUUUAACCCCUGCUUAUCUCAUUACUAUUUCGAUCCUCUCUUAUUUCGUAAUAAUUGUCUACUCUCUAAUCUAUGUAUAAAAAUUAGUUUCAAGGGAUGCAUGCUAAAUCCAUAUUCCGUAUGUUCUUUUUGUAAUUUUUUUGUUAGCAUGUGAAACUAUGAAGUACUAUUAAGUAACUGAAAUAUAUCCUUUAUCUCUUCUCUCGCUCUUCACAUAUACUGUUUUAUAGAAAUUCUUUGUAAAGAUUUCAUCUAUUGUCUAUACAUAUCUCAUUAUUUUGAAGACAAACAAAAGUAAAGUAUAGUGGACUAUUGUUUUUCCUCUCCUUCACCAAUGUGUGCUUCACAUUAUCAUCUAUUUUUGUAUAUUUAUGUGUUUAUGAUCAGCCAAAAAAAUAUGUUUUUCUAUUCAACA